AUGGCAACCAACACAAACACCAAGACUUCAGCUGACCAGGUGGAAGAACUCGACCACCACGAGAGCACGCUCAAGCCGAGCGAGAUCGCACAGGAUGCCGCGGCCAAGGGCCAAGCCACGACAGGCUACGAGAAACUCACCAUCCUGCAGAGCGUCAAGACCUUCCGGCGCACCAUUGUCUUCUGCACACUCGCAGCCUUCAGCGCCGCCGCAGAUGGCUACCAGAUCGGCAUCAACGCGAGCAUCGUCGCCAACAAGGGCUUCGUCAGGCAAUUCGCUACUAAGACCUCCGCCGAGGGCGACUUGUAUCUCGAAUCGCCUAUCCUCAGCGCCUGGGGCUCCAUCAUGUCUGUCGGACAGAUCUUUGGCACGGCCACGAUCCCAUUCAUCUCGCACCGAUUCGGACGCAAGGCGGCAAUGUGGUGGCUCUGGCUGUUCGUGUGCGCCAGCGUCUUGGGCGAGUCGCUUGCGAGGAAGUGGCCUGUCUGGCUGGUGGCUAAGCUGCUUGCUGGGUAUGCUGUUGGGUGCUUGCAGGCUACUCUCCCGCCGUACAUCUCUGAGCUGGCGCCCAAUCGUAUUCGAGGCGGCCUUCUCAUGUCCUACCAGCUUUGGUGGGCACUUGGAGGCUUCUCAGCCCAGAUUGCCCUCAGGACCGUCAACGAGGAGUAUCCCUCCAAAUGGCUCGUUCCCAUCUAUACCCAAUGGGGCCACGUUGCUAUCAUGUUUAUCGUCUUCCUCAUCCUGCCUGAGUCGCCGGUUUGGUGCGCCACCCGCGGCCUCGAAGAAAAGUCUAAGCGCAUCCUCAGCAUGCUUCACCGAAACAUUGAUGGCUAUGAUGUAGACCAUCAGUAUAACCUCGUUAUUAUGACGAUUGAGCAUGAGCGUGCCGUUGCAGUCGAGCAGCGACGAGAGCAGUGGUGGUCUAUCUUCCGAGGAACUGACGGUCUGCGUACUGUUAUCGCGUUUUGGCCCGGCCUCGCACAGCAGUGCAUCGGUCUCAAGCUGUUUGGAACCUUCGGUACUUACUUCUUCCAGCAGGCUGGUGUUGCUCAACCAUUCACGGUCAAGUGCAUCACAUCGUCCAUCCAAAUCGCUACCGUUCUCGGCAACAUCGUCCUCGUUGACAACUUCGGCCGAAGACCCCUGGCUUGCUGGGCUGUCACUCUGUCGUGGGUUGCCUGUUGUGUUGUUGGAGUGCUCGGUGUGACGCCAGAUAACAAAGCCAAGACAUAUGUAUUCGUCUUAUUCGCCUGUUUUUGGAACAUCGGUAUGAUGACAUGCGGCACUGCAGCCUCCGCCUUCAACGGCGAGAUCUCGUCGCAACGUCUCCGACCUUAUACCGCCGCCUUCGCGGUGGGCAUUACGUGCGUUCUCGGUGUCAUCAUGGAUGUUCUGGUGCCCUAUAUGGUGAAUGCGCAUCAGUGGAACUGGGGCUUGAAGACCGGAUGGUUCUACGCCGGCAUUGGCUUUCCUGCCGUGGUUGGCAUGUGGCUUCUGAUUCCCGAGACCAAGGGACGAUCUACCGCCGAAUUGGAUGAACUGUUCGAGAGAAAGAUCAAGGCUUGGAGGUUCGCCGAGACUGAGACUGCUACUGAGCGCCUGGUCAGGAGCGAGCGGUAG